AUGGCGGACGACAGCACGACUUCUGGCCCACCCCCGCUUGACGAUGGAGAAAACGAGGUGGAAAAUGACGAUGAUGACUUAUUUGCAAGUGCUUCAGAUAAGCCUACAGACAGUGAGCCCGCUAGUUUAGAAAUAAGCCAGGACAAGGACAGUGAAGACUUAUUUACUGGCGGUGGUACGGAAGUGAACCUCGACUCUGAUGAGGAAAUCAUGGCCAAGGCUAACACUCCAGGGAUCCUGAAUCUGGAUGUUGAACCUGACAUUGUGAACAAGCCUAGUCCCCCCCAGAAAAAGGAAGAUGCACCCCCGGAGAUGGGUGUGUCCCAAAUAUCCACCACCUCUUCUGCCUCCAGGGGUUCAGGCAUCACCAAGGAUGAGAUAGAAGAGGAACAAAGCGGUGACAGCUUUGAUUUGCAGAUAUCCGUAACAGAGCCCCAUAAGGUUGGAGAUGGGAUGACAGCUUAUAUGAGUUACAAGGUGGUCACAAGGACAUCAAUGCCAGCCUUUCGGAAUGCAGAGAUGACAGUGAACAGACGGUUUAGUGAUUUCCUUGGUCUCCAUGAUAAACUAGCCGAGAAGUACGCUUGUAAAGGAAGGAUUGUACCAGCUGCACCAGAGAAGAGCAUUGUGGGUAUGACAAAGAUCAAGAUGUCUAAGGAAGAGUCUGGAUCCAGUGAUUUUGUGGAAAGAAGGCGUAUAGCUCUUGAAAGGUAUUUACAGAGAACUGCUCAACAUCAUGUUCUGAGAAUGGAUCCAGACUUCCGGGAAUUUCUGGAGCAAGAGGGUGAAUUGCCAAGGGCAACCAACACCUCUGCUCUGAGCGGAGCUGGAGUUUUGCGACUGUUCCACAAGGUUGGCGAUGCCGUGGAAAAGAUCACGUUCAAAAUGGAUGAAACUGACGAGGCUGACCCAGAUAUGGAGUGGUUUGAAGACAAAAGUCAGCAGGUAGAGGCCUUGGACCAGCAGCUGAGAAAACUCCAUACCAGCAUGGAGAGCCUGGUAGCGCAGAGAAGAGAACUAAGCUUCUCCACAGCAAACUUAGCAAAGAGCACAGCGAUGUUGGGAAAUGCAGAGGAGCACACAGCUUUGUCGCGCGCUCUGUCGCAGCUGGCAGAAGUGGAGGAGAAGGUGGAGGUGCUGCACAAGGAGCAGUCCGACAGCGACCUCUUCACCAUGGCAGAGCUUUUGAAAGAUUACAUCUCUCUAAUAGCCGCGGUUAAGGAUGUGUUCCACGAGAGAGUGAAGUGUUAUAAAAACUGGAAGGAUGCUGAAGCCAUGUUGAACAAAAAACGGGAAACGAAAGCAAAGUUAGAACUUAGCCACAAGCAGGAGAAACUGCCCCAGGCCAGUCAGGAAAUCACAGAGUGGGAGCAAAAAGUGGAGAAAGGUCAGGAGGACUUUGAAAAGAUAUCAGAGACGAUUCGAAAAGAGAUGGCCCGCUUUGAAAAACAGCGAGUAGUUGACUUCAAAGAGAAUGUCAUUAAAUAUCUAGAAAAGCUGAUGGAAAAUCAACAGCAGUUGAUAAAGUAUUGGGAAGCAUUUUUACCAGAGGCAAAGGCCAUUGCUUGAAGAGUUGUCACAGAAUGACAGUCGGAUGAAAAAUGCCACCAGUGGACCAGUGGAUGCCAUUGCUUUGGGGCAGUGCGAAUGAUGAAGUCAGACUGAAUCAUGCACUGGCAGUUAGAUAUUGAAGAAGGCAUCACUUUAGCGCGAUCAUUCUGCAGGAAUGCAUUUGAGAUUCAUCACUUGCAAAUAACAGUACUAACAAGCUGGGCUAUCUCACCUUUGUUCUGGGAAACCCCCAGCUCUCUUUCCUAAAGUGUUAGCAUCCAGAUUGACGAGUUCAAUUUCAAUUCAACCAUUAUGACUAGAUUACAAAUUUGUUCUAGAAUUUUUUUUUUUUUU